AUGCCCGCGACGCUCGUCGGCAUCUUUGCGCUGCUUCGCACUGAGCUCGGUGUGUGGCCCGCACUCGCUGGCAGUGUCGCGAUGUUUAGCAUGCUCUACCUCGGGUACGCGUCGGCGACAUCGGUCGGUCAUGUCCGCGCACAGCUCCUUUCGACGCAAGCGCAGCGUCUCAAGCUCACAAGCAAGGCGGUGGCUGGCGCCCGCGCGCUCAAACUUAACAGCUGGGAGCGCCAUCUCGAGGACGCGAUCACAUGCACGCGCGCCUUGGAGCUGACGUACUUGCAGACCUACCAGAAUCGCCGCAUUCUCAACAUGGUCGUGCUCGCCGUCGCGCCUGUCUUGUCGCUCGCACUCUCUCUUGGCGUCUACGUGGCGCAGGGCUACACGCUGUAUGCGACGCAAGCAUUCGUGGCACUUGCCUAUAUCAACAACGCGCGCCACCCGUGCACGGUGUUUGCCAAUGCCGUCGUCUCGUCGCCGAGGCCAAGUGCCACCACCGACAACGUCAACGCCACCGGCUUGUACGGUUGA